GCAGCGGCAACGAAACGGCGGAGUCUCUGCGCCGCGCGAAAGAGGAGAGUGAGUCCAUGAGCACUCUGAGAUAUGUGCUGUUUCCUGCCUCACUGAUAUUGGCGGCACUUUUUGAGGCGCUACACUUCCCCUGGGCGGAGGUGGACUGGUCCCUGCCCUUGGACCGCUCCGAUGGCCUGGAAGGAUCUGAAAAGGUCGACAACACCUUUGCUGGCCUUACAGUGCUGUUGGCUCGCCGUGGCGCUGGGCUGGCGCGCAUUUACUUUGCCGGAGCCGGAAGGGUCAAGGGCCGCUGUUACCUUGGCCUCCUGGUCGCUAUCCACUUGCUGGGCAUGUACCUGGACCUGGCCAUGUUCGACUUUCAGCAGCGGUAUUGGAACCUUUAUCAGCAGCCGAGCUUGCCACUCUUCUUCGAGCUGAUUCGCAAUUGGUUCAUUCUGCAUGUGGCGCGAAUGAUUACUUACGUCUACGAGUUCUACGUGGAGGACAUGCUUUUCCUGCACUGGCGGGACCACCUGACCCGCUACUUCGAGACGAUCUGGGUUCCUAGCACCUACGUCUUCAAGAUGCAAGAAGGCAAGAAGUUCGACAAUCCGGAUCAGCGCAUCCACGUUGACAUCACCAACUUCAUCUCCACAAGUUACUCCCUGACCUUCGGGGUGCUCAAGGUGCUCGUGAACCUUGGGAUGUACACCUACAUGCUGGCCACCAUCACGCCGGCCUCCAUGCAUUGGGCCUCCUUGGUGGGCACGGCAUUUCUCUACUCUGUGGUGGGCUCCUGCGUCAUGCACCUCUUGGGCUCCGAGCUAGCACAUUACAGCUGGCUGGGGGAACGGCUUGGGGGCGACUUCCGUGCAGAGCUGCGGCGAGUCUACGACCAGAGUGAAACCGUCGCCAGUCUCCGGUCGGAAGAGGCGGAGCUUGGCCGGUUGCAGCAUCGCUUUGAGCGGAUAAAGCUGAACACCUGGCUCUCCAUGCUCCUAGAGAAGCGUCUGGGAAUCUUCCAAAAGUGGUACAGCCCCCUUCGAGAGGUGCUGUUCAUGUGCAUCCUGGCACCAUUCUUCAUCCGUGGAGAGGUGAGCCUCGGCCGCCUCAAGCAGUGCGAGACGGCGCUGGAUAGGAUUAGCGAUGCCCUGAGCUUCCUG